UCCUCGGCGGGGCUCACUCUUGGCGCGGUGCUCCCCGUAUCUGCCAUGCAAAACGAGGGAGCUCUAUGAAGGAAUCCGUCUUGUAAAGCCAUUGGUCCUGGUCAUCAGCCUCUACCCAAUGCUUUCGUGAUGCUGCCGCUGAUCUAUUUGGGAAGUUGGCUGGCUGGCGAGGCAGAGCCUCUCCUCAGAGCCUGGCUCCCACGGAAAAUAUGCUCAGUGCAGCCGCGCGCGUGAAUGAAAACGCCGCCGGGCGCUUCUAGUCGGGCAAAAUGCAGCCGAGAACUCCGCUCGUCCUGUGCGUUCUGCUGUCCCAGGUGCUGCUGCUAACAUCUGCAGAAGAUUUGGACUGCACGCCUGGAUUCCAGCAGAAAGUGUUCCAUAUCAAUCAGCCAGCUGAAUUCAUUGAGGACCAGCCGGUUCUAAACUUGACCUUCAGUGACUGUAAGGGAAAUGACAAGCUGCGCUAUGAAGUCUCAAGCCCUUACUUCAAGGUGAACGGCGACGGGGGCUUAGUCUCCCUGAGAAAUGUAACUGCAGUGGGCAAAACUCUGUUCGUCCAUGCAUGGACCCCCCACGCCGAAGACAUGGCAGAGCUCGUGAUUGUCGGGGGAAAGGACAUCCAGGGCUCCUUGCAGGAUAUAUUUAAAUUUGCAAGAACUUCUCCUAUCCCAAGACAAAAGAGGUCCAUUGUGGUAUCACCAAUUCUAAUUCCAGAGAAUCAGAGACAACCCUUCCCAAGAGACGCUGGCAGGGUAGUCGACAGUGACAGACCUGAAGGGUCCAAGUUCCGGCUCACUGGAAGGGGAGUGGAUCAGGAGCCUAAGGGAAUCUUCAGAAUCAACGAGAACACGGGUGUUGUCUCUGUGACACAGACCUUGGACAGGGAAACAAUUGCUGUUUAUCAACUAUUGGUGGAGACCACUGAUGUCAACGGCAAAACCCUUGAGGGGCCGGUGCCUCUGGACAUUGUCGUGAUCGACCAGAAUGACAACAGACCCAUCUUUCGGGAAGGCCCCUACAUCGGCCACGUCAUGGAGGGGUCCCCCACAGGGACCACUGUGAUGCGGAUGACAGCCUUCGAUGCGGAUGACCCGGCCACCGACAAUGCCCUCCUGCGGUACAAUAUCCGUCAGCAGACGCCUGACAAGCCGUCUCCCAACAUGUUCUACAUCGAUCCUGAGAAAGGAGACAUUGUCACCGUGGUGUCACCUGCGCUGCUGGACCGGGAGACUCUGGAAAACCCCAAGUACGAGUUGAUCAUCGAGGCUCAAGAUAUGGCUGGAAUGGACGUUGGGUUAACAGGCACGGCCACGGCCACGAUAGUGAUUGACGACAAAAAUGACCACUCGCCAAAGUUCACCAGGAAAGAGUUUCAAGCCACAGUGGAGGAAGGAGCUGUGGGGGUUAUUGUCAACUUGACAGUGGAAGACAAGGAUGACCCCACCACUGGCGCAUGGCGGGCUGCCUACACCAUCAUCAACGGCAACCCUGGGCAGAGCUUCGAAAUCCACACCAACCCACAGACCAACGAGGGAAUGCUGUCCGUCGUCAAGCCCCUCGACUAUGAGAUUUCUGCCUUCCACACCCUGCUGAUCAAGGUGGAAAACGAGGACCCGCUGGUACCUGAUGUUUCCUAUGGCCCCAGCUCCACUGCUACCGUCCACAUCACCGUCCUGGAUGUCAAUGAGGGCCCAGUCUUCUACCCAGACCCCAUGAUGGUGACCAAGCGAGAGAACAUCUCCAUCGGCAGCGUGCUGCUGACAGUGAAUGCCACGGACCCCGAUUCCCUGCAGCAUCAAACCAUCAGGUAUUCUGUUUACAAGGAUCCAGCAGGCUGGCUGAAUAUUAACCCCAUCAAUGGGACUGUUGACACCGCUGCUGUGCUGGACCGCGAGUCCCCCUUCGUCCACAACAGCGUGUACACGGCCCUCUUCCUGGCGAUCGACAGUGGCAACCCUCCCGCCACGGGCACAGGGACUUUGCUGAUAACCCUGGAAGACGUGAACGACAACGCUCCCUUCAUCUACCCCACGGUAGCCGAAGUCUGCGAUGAUGCCAAAAACCUCAGUGUGGUCAUCUUGGGAGCAUCAGACAAAGAUCUGCACCCAAACACAGAUCCCUUCAAGUUUGAAAUUCAUAAACAAACCGUCCCCGAUAAAGUUUGGAAGAUCACCAAGAUCAACAAUACGCACGCCCUGGUGAGCCUUCUGCAGAACCUGAACAAAGCAAACUACAACCUGCCCAUCAUGGUGACAGAUUCAGGGAAACCGCCCAUGACGAACGUCACAGACCUCAGGGUGCAGGUGUGCUCCUGUAAGAACUCCAGAGUGGACUGCAACGCGGCGGGCACCCUGCACAUCAGCCUCACCUCGCUCUUGCUCCUCACGCUCCUCAGUUUAGUGUCUGUGAGAACUCCUGACAUCUGAAGCUUGACUCCCAAGUUUCCAUAGCAACAGGAAAAAAAAGAAAAAAAAAAAUCUCUAUCCAAAUCUGAAGAUUGCCGUUUACAGCUAUUGAACUUCACAACUAGGCCUCAAUUGUUCUGAUUUUCAUUUUCUUUGCAAUUUCACUUGGUCUGUACUUCACUGUUUUGAGAACAUCUUCUUUCCUCCUUUGAUUAAUGGAACCCUCUGAAUUUCCGCUGAAUGUUUAAAGAUCAUGACGUAUAACUUGAGCUUCUGGGAGCAGGAACAAUGACUACUUUUCUGAUGUGUUGACAUGUUGCUAGCCAGUGCUGCACACAUCCAGAUGUGUCUGUGGGUUCGUAUUUGUAUAUGUAUGAGUAUCUGUAUGUGUAUAUACACGGUAUUUAUAUAGAGAGACUAUACAGGAGAAGCCUAGUUUUGAUAUGUUGUUCUUCCUCGAAAGGUUAAGCAGAGAGGGUUAGAAGUUAAGACACCUGAGCCCUCAAGGACCUUAGCAAAAAGCUCAGCACAAUGCAGGCCACAGAGCAGUCACUUUUACCACGAAGCUACAUCUCCACCAGCCUGUCCAGUCUGAGCGCUGAACGCUGACUGACCAGCCAGGCAGGUCCGCAGAGAGGGAGGGCAAAGAAGAACGUCUUUUGUCCUUAGUAUGAGGACUGCCACCAAUUCCCAUUGCCACCAAACGCUGUGAUCCUUAGCCAAGGCGGUGAGCUGCAGGGCAGGAGAUCUUGCCAACAAAUGCCAAGAAAAGGGCUGAACUAUUCUUUCAUGGGCAUCCGUCUGCAUUUGUAUGCAUCCUGAAUCCAUAGUCCCACUGGUUCUUAUGGUGACACGGAUCAUGGUAGGAAAUCUGUCCCUCCUCAGUAUGUGCAGAGUUGCAGGUGUCAGUUUGGAGGUUGAAUGUCCACAUGAAGAAGCCAGCAGGUACCAUCUUGUAUACACAUAUAUACCCACAUGUAUAGACAUACAUUUAUGCAUAUACCCACUGUUCAUUUCAUAUAUACAGGCAUAAAAUAGAGUAAAUACAGGUAGUUUUAAAAGUACCCUUUUGUGUGAAUUGACUACCGUUGUUUGCAAACCUGACAAUAAAAGAUGUUCAUGAUGUUUGAAAUGUAAUUGAUUUUUAUUCUGUGAGCAUGUAAAAGUGAGAGGAAAGUUAGUGCUUGUACUAAGAUUAUCUUCUUGUUGAUAAGCUGUAAAUGAACCAUCAAAGCUCACACCAAAUUUUUCUAUCAAAUGAAACUAGUGACAGCCUGUGGCUUUUUAUUAGAGCUUGCCACAAACUAGGGUAAGGUAAGUGUCUUAGCAUAUUUUAAUGCAGUUGCUUACUAAAGGUUUUAACCACACACGCACAUGCACAUACACACACACACACACACACACACACACGCUUUCUUAUGCAAUCUAUGUUGCCCCUGUGCUUUUCAGUUUGCCUUCUGUAGGAAGUAGAAGUCAUAUGUUGUCUUUGUUGUAGUGGAAUUAUGCAGAUAGAGUUCCAUAUAUUGUAUUUGUUUCAAUAGUAAAUCUUUUUGGAACAUAUAGAAUGCAGAGGUGUUUUUUUCCAUUGAAAUAAAUGGGUAUUGGUGGUUAAAA